AUGUUGACUCUCACUAUAGGCAUUGCUCAACCUAGGAACCAGUGGCAUGUGUCUUGGUCUUCUGCCCCAUGCCAGGCCUCUUAUCCUGAGGAACCUCAGACUGUGAGGGACGGUGCCGUCCUUCCAACAGAUAAAAGGUUUUCCUGUACUGAUUGUGGGAAGCAUUUCAAUUCUAAGUCUGGUCUUAAUAUGCAUAAAAUGAUUCAUACAGGUGAGAAGCCACAUUCCUGUUCUGAGUGCGGGAAAUGUUUUAUAUAUAAGUCGCGUCUUGAUAGACAUCAGAGAUCUCACACGGGUGAGAAGCCGUAUUCAUGUUCUAAGUGCAGGAAAUGUUUUUCAGAUAAGUGGUAUCUUGAUAGACAUCAGAUAUUGCACACGGGUGAGAAGCCGUAUUCCUGUCCUGAGUGCGGGAAAUGUUUUUUAGAGAAGUCGUAUCUUGAAACACAUCAGAUGUCUCACACGGGUGAGAAGCCAUAUUCCUGUCCUGAGUGCGGGAAAUGUUAUUCAAAUCAGUCCAGUUUUUCUUAUCAUCAGAGAUCACACAGGAGUGAGAAGCCGUAUUCCUGUCUUGAUUGUGGAAAAUGUUUUUUAGGUAAGUCGUAUCUUCUCAGACAUCAGCUGUCGCACACGGGUGAGAAGCCACAUUCCUGUCCUGAGUGCGGGAAAUGUUUUUCAUUGAAGUCAAUUCUUCUCAGACAUCAGCUGUCGCACACGGGUGAGAAGCCACAUUCCUGUCCUGAGUGCGGGAAAUGUUUUUCAUUGAAGUCGGAUCUUCUCAGACAUCAGAGGUCUCACACGGGUGAGAAGCCACAUUCCUGUCCUGAGUGCGGGAAAUGUUUUUCAUUGAAGUCGAUUCUUCUCAAACAUCAGAGGUCUCACACGGGUGAGAAGCCGCAUUCCUGUCCUGAGUGCGGGAAAUGUUUUUCAGUUAAGUUUAAUCUUGACACACAUCAUAGAUCACACACGGGGGAAAAGCCGUAUUCCUGUCCUGUGUGUGGGAAAUGUUUUUCACAGAAGGCACAUCUUUACAGACAUCAGAGAUUGCAC